UGGAGCGCGCCUCACCACCCGCGCCUCGCGCCUGGUGCUCCGCGCCUCACGCCCCUGCCCCGCGCUCAGCGCCCCCGGAGAGCCAGCUGCGAGGUCGCGGGUGCCUUUCGGCCGCGGAGGAUGGCCUUGAGCGAGGAGCCGGCCCCGGGCGCCCCGGCGGACGCGGCGGAGGACCGGGCGGAGGAUGCGGCGGAGGAUGCGGCGCUGGCCCGCGGCGCCGCCCUCGAGUCGUUCGGAGAGAGCGCGGAGACGCGGGAGCUGCUCGGCCGCCUGCCCGCGGUGCUCGGCGACCGCGCGGCUCGGGAGGGCGCCCUGGAGCGGUUCCGGGUCAUAAUGGACAAGUAUCAGGAGCAGCCUCACCUGUUGGACCCACACCUAGAAUGGAUGCUAAACUUGUUGCUGGGAUUUGUGCGAGAUAAGACAUCUCCGGCUGAGCUCGUACAUCUGGCUUUUAAAUUUCUGUACAUCAUCACCAAGGUUCGAGGAUAUAAAACGUUUCUUCGUUUAUUUCCACACGAGGUGGCUGAUGUGCAGCCAGUCUUGGACAUGUGUACGAGUCAGAACCCUAAAGACCAUGAAACCUGGGAGACACGCUACAUGCUCCUCCUGUGGCUCUCCAUGACCUGCCUCGUCCCUUUCGACUUUUCACGCCUGGACGGACACCACCGGUGCGGGCAGGGGUCCAUCAUGGACCGGAUCCUCCAGAUAGCAGAGUCCUACCUGGUCGUCAGCGACAAGGCCCGCGAUGCAGCCGCUGUCCUCGUGUCCAAGUUUGUCACGCGGCCUGAUGUCGGGCGGGAGAAGAUGGCGGGGCUCCUGGACCGGAGCCUGUGCACUUUGGCCCGCUGCUCCUUCCGGACCAUCGAGGGCGUCAUCGCCAUGGACGGGACGCUGCAGGCUCUGGCACAAAUAUUUAAGCACGGAAAACGAGAAGACUGUCUACCCCAUGCUGCCACCGUUCUCCAGCGCCUGGACGCCUGCAGGCUCCCGGAGAGCAACCAGACCCUGCUCCGGAAGCUGGGGGUGAAGCUCGUGCAGCGGCUGGGCCUGACCUUCCUGAGGCCGCGGGUGGCCAAGUGGAGGUACCGGCGUGGCUGCCGCUCCCUGGCAGCAAACCUGCAGCUCUGUGCCCAGAGUCCGAGAGAGCCUGGGACCCAGGCUGAGACCCUCGACAGCGACAGCGACGGCGAGGACGACGUCCCCGAGGAGGUGGAGAGCGUGAUAGGGCAGCUGCUGGUUGGGCUGAAGGACAAGGACACGGUCGUGCGCUGGUCUGCGGCCAAAGGAAUCGGAAGGAUGGCGGGGAGGCUCCCCAGAGAGCUGGCCGAUGAUGUGGCCGGGUCCUUGCUGGACUGUUUCAGUUUCCAGGAGACGGAUGGCGCCUGGCAUGGCGGGUGUCUGGCGCUGGCGGAGCUGGGCAGACGAGGCUUGCUGCUCCCUUCCCGACUCUCGGACGUGGUCCCCGUGAUCCUGAAGGCGCUGACCUACGAGGAGAAGCGGGGCGCCUGCAGCGUGGGCGCCAACGUCAGGGACGCCGCCUGCUACGUGUGCUGGGCCUUCGCUCGCGCCUACGAGCCUCAAGAGCUGAGGCCCUUCGUGGCUGCGAUUUCGAGCGCACUGGUGGUCACUGCCGUGUUCGACCGAGACGUGAACUGCCGGAGAGCAGCCUCCGCCGCUUUCCAGGAGAACGUGGGGAGACAGGGCGCUUUCCCGCACGGGAUUGACAUUUUGACGGCCGCCGACUACUUUGCUGUGGGCAACAGGGCGAACUGUUUCCUGGUCGUAAGCAUGUUUAUUGCCGGCUUUCCCGAGUACACACAGCCGAUGAUAGAGCACCUGGUUACCAUGAAGAUCAACCACUGGGAUGGGGUCAUCAGGGAGCUGUCGGCGAAGGCGCUGCGGAACCUGGCCCAGCGGGCGCCUGAGCACAGCGCGCGGGACGUGCUCCCGCGCCUGCUAUUGCUGACGCAGAGUCCGGACCUGCACACUCGGCACGGGGCCGUGCUGGCCUGCGCGGAGGUCGCCCGCAGCCUGUGUGCGCUGGCUGAGCAGCAGGGCAGGCCCACCUCGGACUUCUUGGACGAGAAGGUUGUGCAGGGCCUGAAGCAAAUCCACCAGCAGCUUUACGACCGUCAGCUGUACAGGGGCCUGGGAGGAGAGCUCAUGAGAAGAGCAGUGUGCGUCCUGAUAGAAAACCUGUCCCUUUCCAAGAUGCCCUUCAGAGGGGACGCCGUGGUCGGCGCUUGGCAGCAGCUGGUGGACGACACCCUGAGGAGCCUGCCCCUCGUUUCCAGUCCCUCCCGGCAGCAGAUGAAGGACGCGGCCGUGUCGGCGCUGGCGGCUCUGUGCGACGCGUACUACACCCGGGAGCCCGGGGAGGCCGACCCCGCCGUGCAGGAGGAGCUGAUACCGCGGUACCUGGCCCAGCUUCAGAGCCCCGAGGAGAUGACUCGCUGUGGCUUCGCGCUGGCCUUGGGCACCCUGCCCCGCUUCUUCCUUAAGGGCCAGCUCCAGCGGGUUCUGGACGGCUUGCGGGCUGUGACACGCAUUUCUCCGGAGGAUGCGGGCUUCGCAGAGUCCAGGCGGGACGCCCUGAAGGCCAUCGCCAGGAUCUGCCAGACCGUCGGCGUGAGGGCGGAAGGGGCCCCCGACGAGGUCAUGUGCCGAGAGAACGUGCCCCAGAUUUACUGCACAAUGCUGGACUGUCUGAGCGACUACACCACUGACAGCCGCGGGGACGUGGGGGCGUGGGUCCGUGAGGCCGCCGUGACCGGCCUGAGGGACCUGACUCUGCUGCUGGGGAGGGGCGAGCCGGAGCUGAUCGAGGCCCCCGUCUGCGAGCGGGUCAUGUGCUGCUUAGCCCAGCAGGCGAGCGAGAAGAUCGACCGGUUCCGUGCGCACGCGGCCCGCGUGUUCCUGGCUCUGCUCCACUUUGACGGCCCCGCCAUCCCCCAUGUGCCCCACCGGCAGGAGCUGGAGAGGCUCUUCCCCAGGUCCACCGUGGCCUCCGUGAACUGGGCUGCACCGUCGCAGGCCUUCCCGCGUGUGGCCCAGCUCCUGGGGCUGCCUGCCUACCGCUACCACGUGCUGCUGGGGCUGGCCGUGUCUGUGGGCGGCCUGACCGAGUCCACGGUCAGGUACUCCACGCAGGGCCUCUUGGAGUACAUGGAGCGGGUGCGGGGCGACCCGCGGGCCCUGGAGGACGUGGCGGGCGCCCUCCUGCGGGUCUUCGAGGACAACCUGCUCAACGACCGGGUGUCCGUGCCGCUGCUGAGGACGCUGGACCAGAUGCUGGCCCACGGCUGCUUCGACGUCUUCACGGCCGAGGAGGACCACCCCUUCUGUGUGAAGCUGCUCGCGCUUUGUAAGGAAGAGACCCGGAAGUCCAAAGACGUCCAGAAACUGCGGGCCAGCGUCGCAGUGUUCUGUGGGCUGGCGCAGUUCCCCGGCGACGUGAGGAGGCGGGUCCUCCUGCAGCUCUGCCUCCUGCUCUGUCACCCGUUCCCCGUGAUCCGGAAGAGCACGGCCAGCCAGGUGUACGAGAUGGUGCUGACCUACGAGGUGGUGGCUGCCGACGCCCUGGACGAGGUCAUGGCCGUGCUCAGCGACACAGCCUGGGACGCCGAGCUCCCAGCCGUGAGAGCCCAGCGGAACCGCCUGUGUGACCUCCUCGGCGUGCCCCGACCUCAGCUGGUCUCCAAGGGCAUCCAUCGUGCCCGCUGGCACCCUCAUCGUGUGACUCGUACUUGCCUGAGGCUUCCGGUCUGGCAGUUCCAGCGUCUCCGCCGUCCCUGAGUCUGGUUGUGACAUCUGUGCCUUUGGACGGCCUUUUCUCGCCUUUUGUCCUUGUCAAAGGCCAGCCGUGCUGGGGGAUGGGAGCCGCGGCGUCGCUGCAGCGGCUGGUCCUCGUUCUCAGCCAAGGAUGCAGCGUCUCCUCCUCAGGGAAACAUCGGGGGGUGGGCGGGUCCCCCCAGUUGGGCAGGGCUCUCGCCCUUCGCCACCAGCAGUUUGGGCAGGAUUGCCAUCUCAGUGGCCCUUCUGGCUCCCGCCGGCUCUGGGGAAGGGGGUCUGGCUGGGAUUCUCUGGAUUCUUCCUUCCCCCAGCUUCGGCUGGUGGCCUCAGUUUCCUGACGGGGCCCUGGAAGGUGACCCUGGCAGGCCGCGUGUGUGUGGGCUCCCCAGGCCGGGCCUCUGCUGCUCUCUCGUCCCGUCAGCUUGUUUUCUGAGGUCUGGCGACACGUCUGAAGCGGCGUUGCAGGUGCGUGUCUGCUGCGGUUGGCGGCUCCCCGGCAGAAACACGCGUCCACGUGCAGCGACAGGGGUCCCGUCAGGGCUGUGCUUGUGGAGGGUGCGUGUGCGGCGGGUCUCGGCAUCACUGCGCUUGGGGGUUCCGUGCUUCCUGCAGUUAAUCACGUCUCUUGCGGACAGGAGGUGGUUAGGCUUCUCUCUCUCUAGUCCGGUUCAGUGGGUCCUGGUGUUGGACAGAGUUUGGCCGCGUGUGUUGGAUGCGGGAUUCCAGACUCAUCGGGCCGUGGCUGCUUCCUGUUCUCACCCCGUUCCUUUCCUCCUCCUCGGCUUCGUCUGGGUCAGCAGCAGCAUUGCGGUCACUUGGCUCGCUCUCCUGGCGACUUGGCCGCUGCCGUCUUCCUGCUCUUCUGUUGGCCUUUACCUUUUGUCCACGCACUGUGGUCACAGCGUCAGGACGCGGUGCGGGCGCCCUCGCCUCCCCUGGGCCCAGCUGGCCGUGGCCUGCCCCCUGCUUGCCAGCCCUCUGCCCUGCGACCCCAUCUGCCCUCCCCCCACAGAGCUGUGCUGGCGCCUCGCGUCCUAGGCCGCGUCCUGCGUUUUCACUGGGAAAUCAUCCAGGGACGGCGAGGUUGGGGAGGCACCGCCGAGCCCUGCUCACUGCUGGAGGGCGUGUCGCCCACAGGGCUCUCGGGACUUUGGGGAAACAGGGCCCUGGGAGGCCUGGGGGUGGACUGUGCUGGCUGGCCUGACCCUGUCGUGUGCCCU